AUGAAAAUUUUUAAAAUUAUAUUGUUAAAUUUAAUAUUUUUUAAAAUUGUAUUUUGCCAAGAAUGGGUAAAUUUUGUUGGAUAUAGUAACCAAAAUUGUAGUGGAACAGGAAUAUUGGCAAUAAUGAAAACAAAUGAAUGUAUAGGACAUAGCAAAUAUAUGUGUGAUGAAAAAACAACGAUUAAUAAACAAUAUGCAUAUAAUGAUUGUGUUAAAGAAUACAACUAUAAAACAAAUGAAAAUAACCAAUGUUCAGAUAAAGGUUUUACAACAAGCUGUACAAAAACCGUAAACUUACCAAAGAUGUCAUAUAUAAUAGCAAUGCAUAAAAACACUUCUUUAGGCUGCUCUGAUGAAUCAAUUAUCCUGUAUAAUACUAUUCCUCUAGGUAUUUGUGAUUCUGGUAAGAUUUACACAUCAUGCAAUUCUGGUGGCACCGUUUCCUUUGAAAUCUAUAAAGACUAUGAGUGUAAUGAAUUAACAAACACUGUAGAAGAACCCAUUGGUUGCCACUUUGUUGAUUCAAGUGAUUCCUAUUUGAUCAAUACAUUUUGCACAUAA